CUUGGAAACAGCCGUGACAGCCUUGAAAUCACUGAAAUAAGAGAAAGAGAGGAACUACCCCCAUAUAUAACCUGACAAAAAAAUAAAAAUUCGGCCACUUGGAAACCAGAAAACGCAAAAACUCCCACGGAAUCGAAAAGAGCACAUCAGAAACCCCUUAAAACACACAACAGCACCUUUGGAACAGCAGCGACAGCCUUAUAAACAGCAAAAAUAAGGAGGGACGGGAGACUUAACAAAUGGCGUAGAUUCCUGACCCCAUAUUUAAACCCCAUUUGCAGACCAUGGCGCCAUUUCCAGGGGUCGCGGGGGCCAUGGCGACCUACCAGCGACUCAGCACUUUACUCCGAACCCUCCGGCAACCAUCCAUGACCUGCGGAUUACGAGAAAAACGGAAAAAUAUGACAACUUUUUCAUCCCAUAACCCCAGCAUGUUCUCGACCCUCAGGCGUUCCUAUGGCCUUCCUGUGCCUCUGUGGCCCUAUGGAAUGGUGCCAAGGGUCCAGUGGGGGUGUAGAGAGGUCCUGGCACCAUUACGAGGCACCUGGCACCCUUGUAACAGCCUGUACCAGAUGAAAUAUAGGCUGUUACACUCCUCUUCAAGUUCACGCCAGAAGGAUAUUCCCGAGUACCUCCUUGGCAGCAUCAGUGAGGUCGACACAGCAGAGGACGACCUUCUGGGAGAUGAAUUCGAAGAGGAGGAGGAGGAGGAGGAGGAAGAGAAGAUGGAGGAUGAGAUAUUAGACUUCCUAACACCACGGCUGAUCCCAUUCGAGGAGACAGAUAGUAGCUUUGUGAUCCCCUGCCCUGGAUGUACUAACGGGAGGGACGAGGAGGACGACAAAAUGAAGGAGAUUUUCGUGGACAAAAACUCAGGUUACUUCGUCUGCCCGUGGUGUUGCCGUGACGGGGGGUGGGGGGAGCUGAGGGCCCUCCUGGACUCCCGCGAGGACACCAUCACCACCACCACCACCACCGCCGCCCUCACCUCCGUCUUCAACACCACCGCCACCACCACCACCACCACGCCCAUCAGCCACCUCCACGAUGAGGUGUUGAAGGAUUCGCCACUGAGGGGCGUGAGUCGCGUGACCCUGGACAAGUGUGGUGCCGUGGUGACUUCUGACGGCUCUCGGCUCAUCCUGCCAGUGAGGGGCGGCGUGGGGCAGCUGGUGGGCCUGGAGAAUGUGUCUCUCAUGCACCAACACCCACAGAUCAUCCGGAGGUACCUCGUAGGCAAGAGCCGGGCCUUCACGCCUCUACCGCUCAGCACCGGCACCAGGAAUAACAGGGUGCUGGUGGUGCCAAACUGCUGUGAUGUCCUGGCACUCUAUGAGCUGAAAAUUCCUGCCGUGUCCCUCCCCCUGGACGAUGUGUCGGCACUGGAGAGGCACCUGGUGGAGUGUGGCACUGUUGGCGAGGUGGUGUUGUGGUGUCAGGCCCUGCCACCCCCGCGCCCCCUCCUGCUGGCACUCAUCAAGGCGGGCGUCUCCUGCUCCAUUGUGCAGUCGGUGGAGGGUGAUCCCCCCAUCCACCUGAUGACCCCGGCGCAGGUUCGAGUGGCCCUCACCCGCACCCUCGCAGUGCUGUCCCCGGCCACCACCACCUUCACACAGCUGAGGGACAAGGUUUACUACAGGCUGACACACAGGGAGGAGACCAGCGGGGUGCAAUGGCAGCGGUACCGGGGCCUGAACGACCUCUUGCUGGGGCACCGUGCGGGGGAGCUGACGGUGCUGACGGGGCCAACCGGGGCGGGGAAGACAACCCUGGUGGCGGAGUACUCGCUUGACCUGUGUAUGCAAGGGGUCCGCACUCUCUGGGGCAGCUUCGAGGUGGGUGUGGUGCGUUUGUGUGAGGUUAUGCUACAGCAGUUCAGCGGGGCACCUCUCCCUCAGGACCUACAGCUGUUCAACGCCUUGGCCGGGCAGUUUGCAGCUCUCCCCUUGCACUUCCUGACAUACCAUGGACAGAGGAGUGUGGGGGAUGUGGUCAAGGCCAUGGAGGAAGCCGUUCAGGUCUGGGGCAUCCAACACGCGAUCAUCGAUAACCUCCAGUUCAUGUUGGGCACUCCCCUCACCACCACCACCACCACCACCACCGGGGUCAACACCACCGCCACAUUGGACCGCUGGCAUCAACAGGACCUGGCCGUGGCGAUGUUGAGGCGUUUUGCGACGACAACGGGCUGCCACCUGACCCUUAUUGUGCACCCUAAGAAGGUGCCAGAGGGCCAACCGCUGGGCAUGGACAGUGUUUACGGGAGUGCCAAGGUGACGCAAGAGGCAGAUAACGUAAUGAUCCUACAAGUGCCGUCGUCGGGAGGUGGGGCCACUACGAGCAACAGGAAGGUUCUGCAGGUCGCCAAAAACAGGUUCGGGGGGACGCUGGGUGACCUUCCGCUGCGAUUCCACAAGGACUCGCUGACCCUCUCCUCCUGCUUCUCCAAGGGCAAGACCAGGGCCAGGGAGGGAGCGGAAGGGAGCGGAAAGGAGGGGGACAGAAAGGGAGGAUCGCUGAGGAGAUUGAAGCUGAAGGGAUUGGUGUGAGGAGGAGGAGGAGGAGGAGGAAGAGGAAGAGGAGGAAAGUUGAAGAAAGAAGGAUUGAAGAUGGAGAAGAAGAGGAGGAAGAAGAAGAAGAGAAGACUGAAGAGGAAGAGGAGGAGUAAGAGGAGGAGGAAGAAGAAGAAUGAGAAGACUGAAGAGGAGGAGGAGGAAGAGAUGGAAAGUAGAUUAAGAAGGAAUGAAGGAGAAGAAGAGGAGGAGGAAGAAGAAGAAGAGAAGAUAGAAGAGGAAGAGGAGGAGGAGAAAUAAAGAGCAGAAGAAGAAGAAGAGGAGGAGGAGGAAGAGGAAGAGGAGGAAAUUAGAAGAAAGUUUGGAGAUGAAGAAGAAAGGAAGGAAGGAAGGAGAAGAAGAGGAGGAAGAAGAAGAAGGAGGAGGAGGAGGAGGAGGAGGAAGAAGAAUUAUAAAGAAGAGAAUGAGUUAAGGAAAGGAAGAAAGAGGAGGAAGAAGAAGAAGAAGAUAAAGAAGAAGAAGAGAGAGAGAGAGAGAGAGAGAGAGAGAGAGAGAAUGGCUUAGUAUUAGUAGUUUUAUAAUUGUGUAAAUAUAAUUAGUUUGUAUUUUUAUAUUACCAAAAAAGACAUAAUUAGAUCUGGCUUCCAUAGAGAAUUAGUAAUAUUAAAAUGGACUGAAUUACA